AUGGAACUCCCCCCCGAUCUGUGUAAACUCAUUGAGGCGGGUGCUGAGAAUGCGGCCGUUACGAGCUUUAAAAUCAAAGGAAGUCCGGAGGAAGACGCAGUAUUGUGCACACCAGAUAAGACCUACGCCAUUCGAUCUGUUGUGCUGUCGAACUCCGUACUUGUAGUCACUCCCGGGCCUCUCGCAGUUGAUGAGUCGGGAAUGGGGAGAGAAGCUGCUGUGAUACGCGACCAGCUGAGCGAGAUCCUGGAACUCGUCCCGUCUGUUCCGAAGCUACAUAAACUGGAUACGCUUCUGAGGGGAGCUGAAUAUGGGGAAGAGCAUGAGGACGAGGACGGCGUGGAGAGUGAAGGCGACGACAAAUUACCGAGGCAGAAGCUGUCAUACCAGGAGGCACGAGACAUGCUGCAGGCCAGCGACGCUGAGCUUGAUCGAGGAUUGAGAGAGAGGCGUAUAUUGAUUCUAGACGGCAGAAUACGGCCUAUAGCCCCCUCAUACCUUACGACCAUACUUGAACUCAUCCUCACACACCUUGUAUCUCUCUCUCUUCGUCACGAUGCCGCAUCUGUGGAUGAGCUCUCCUCAGCACUAGAAGAAGGCUACGAUAUUAGAAGGGAUGUUUGUGAACAAAUCUUGUGUUGGUUUGGGCAGACACAUGAGAAAAAGUGGCGUAUGGACGUCAACUCUAUCGUCAAGGAGGUCGGCUUGGGCAUUUUGAGAUCGUAUGAAGAUGAGCAUACACCGCAGGAUGAAUUCAUGCAGAGGUGGCGGAAGGCCGUGGGUGACUCCUUCGAGGCGGAGGUCUCCUUGAACUUACUUUCAGGAAACUACCUCUCGCAGGUUGAUACAUUGCGUGAUUCCCCUACCGCGAUGCUUACAUACUUUCCCUCGUCUCGCUUGCCCAUCGACCCCUCUGCCCGAUUCACUGACUUAUUUCUCACUCGCCCACGCUGGAAGGCCGAGGAGAUCGCGCCGUUCUUGGCGGACAUCGUUGUCGAUUCCAAAGAGCGCGAUCGGUUGCUGCUGAAGUAUACGAGGGCAGUAACUGAUUCGGAGGGCGUGUGGUACACUGCACGAACAAAAUACAACGGGUAA